AUGUUGCAGGGAUUCAGGGAGAGAUUAUUAGCAGAUCCCAAAUUUUUACAUAGACUAGCUAUAGAAGAAGCUAUAUCGAUUACAACUACUCUCUUAGCACAGUAUGAGAGGCAUAAAGAAAAUUUCUUUGAAGAGCUUGACUAUGUUAUUACGGAUACUGUCAGGGGAUCAGUUGUUGAUUUUUUCACUAUAUGGUUUCCUGCUCCAACCUUGUCUUUCCUUUCAAUUAGAGAUACGAUAGAUACACCGGACAACAUGGAAGCAUUAAAGGGCUUACUUGGUUCCAUACCUGAUAAUGCAUUUCAAAGGAAUAUUGCUGGGAAGGAUUGGAAUGUGAAUCAUAGAGUUGCAUCAGUACUUUUUGGUGGUUUGAAGCUUGCUGGUGUUGGAUUUAUUUCCAGUAUUGGCACUGCGGUUGCCUCAAAUAUUUUGUAUGCAGUACGCAAAUUACUGAAUCCAGCACUUGACACCAAACAACGGAUUAAAAGAUCACCAAUACUUAAAACAGCAGUUGUGUAUGGGGGCUUUUUGGGAACUUCAGCAAAUCUCCGGUAUCAGACAAGAAAUACAACCAGGUUAGUUGCUCUAGCUAUUGCCGCGGGUUUAGGUGCCUUAACACAUACAUUGGGCACCGUCGUCCCUGUGAUAUUAGCAAGUGGAUUUGCUACAGUUACAACAGCAAUUGUUAUAGGAACUGUUGUCGGUAGUUUUAUAUAA